GCAAUAUUUUCUUCUUUCUCGUGAAAAACUUCGUACCUACGUUUUUCAGAGACCAAAUUCCGAGGGCGCUUUAGAGCGAAAGACUUGGCAACAAUUGGUGUAAAUCGAUCGACGAUAAAUUGAUUUCACAUCUGUUUCUUUUUGCAUGCAUCUCACUCUCUUCUGAACAAAUCAAUCGGUUUCUCACUCUAAUCAUGUUAACGAUUGGCUCGAUCUUGCCGGGUAAUUAGUUUUCCUGUUGAAGAUGUUUCAACCUCCAUUCGAAAUGGAAAAUGGUCACAACAUGAUUAACAUGUCAACAAUGAAUGAUAUGCAAAUGAUCCCUUUUGACGAAAAUGACCCUGAAGUGAUAGCUCGCCGUAUUAAGAACAGAGAAAGGCAACGCAGAUAUAGGGCUAGAAAGCGUCAAGAAGCCGAUAUGAAGAGAGCACCAUAUAUCAUCAGUCAACCAAGUCAACCAAGUCAACCAGAAGUUCCCGAAACCCUAGUCAACAAUACCCCCAUGGAAAUCGUAACCCGUGUCUACAGUCAAAGAAACUGGAAAAAAGACGCACGAAGGGCACAUCUGCUAAAACAACAACAACAACAACAACAACAAAAUGCUUCUAGUUCUAUAUCUUCAAAAGAAAGUAUAGAUUUAAGAAAUUUGGAAAAUCAAUCGAAUUUUGUGGACACUAGAGAACUUUCGAGUACCCCAAGUGGAAGAAAUUGGAAAGCAGAAGCAAGAAACAAAAGAAAGUGAGAAUCUUGCUUGUUCUUCAGGUCGAAUUAGGAAGGAAAUCACCCAAAGAUUUUGAGAAAUGAGGUGGGUUUGUUUUUAUUUUCAUCCACAAUGUUUAUAAUGCAGGAUUGUAUUACAUUGCACUUUCAUGAGGAUUGAUGCCAACGAGAAAAAAUUAUAUUA